ACAGUAUUGAAAUAAUUUAUUUUGAACAAAGGUGGAUUUGAUGAAUAAUUCCACUUCCACCCCACUUGCAAUAGUUUUGAACUACGAAAACACACUUCCGUAACGGCUACAAACAGCAAAUAUUCGCCCAAUCUCUAAAACGGCCGGGUGGAUUUUCCGGUUAUUGAGAAUGUUUUUACUUGGACUGUAAUUUGUUUGUCUGGUCUGGUCUGAUCUGAUCUGGUCUACUUUUGUUGUAUUUUUAUAGCUAUUUAAAUCUAAUUUAAUUUGGUCUGAUCUGGUCUGAGACCAAUUACAUCCGAGUAAAAACAUCCUCAGUCCUAUACCACACGUGCCCCCAUUUUAACCGACUUUCAAUAACCGCCUAACUGGUCCCUCGAUUAACCCUAACCAACCAACCCCCUCUAUUUAAAAUUACCUUUUCCACCGAAACAGAGAUCUUUCUCGACAUCCGAUUUUAUCGGGUCGCUGCUAUGGAUCGGGUCAAAGUUUCAUGGACUAAGGAAGAAGAUGAAUUGCUGAAGAAGCUAGUGGCGGAGAACGGGGCCAGGAACUGGCCGCUGUUAAGCCAGUCGAUUCCUGGGAGAUCCGGGAAGUCGUGCCGUUUCCGGUGGCGUAACCACUUGUCCCCGGAGGUGGAGCACCGGCCGUUCACGGCGGAGGAGGACGCCGUUAUAGUUCAAGCUCAGGCGGAGAUUGGGAACAGAUGGUCCGCUAUCGCGAGAUUGCUCAACGGGCGAACCGACAACGCCAUAAAAAAUCACUGGAACGCGUCACUGAAGAGGAAAUUUGACAGCGAAGAAGGCGGGGGAGAGCGGUGUUUUAAGAUUUUGAAGUCGACGGAAAUUGUCGUGCCUGAAUUUUUCAGCCGAAGCGACGACCGUCACUCGAGAUCCGAUAUCAAUUGUGUUCAGGCCGUGGAGCUUCUGGCUGGACCGGAGAAGCAGACGGAUCCGUUGGCUGAACCGGAGAAGCAAACGGCGGAUCCGUUGACCACGUUGACUCUCUCGUUUCCAGCACAAAGAGCGGACAAUGCAGUUUCGUCAUUCGAGCGACAAGUAAAGGUUUGCGGUAAAAGGAAUGAGCCUUUGAAUCCCGAAGUAGUGGAAGAAGCAAGGAGGAAGGGCCACGAAUUAAUUCCUUUGAUGCAACAAAUGAUUAGAAACGAGGUAGAGAGAUAUUUAUCAUCUGGGCAUAUUAUCAAUGAACUUGUUGAGAAUGCACAAGUGAAACGAUCUGGGCAUAUUAUCAAUGAACUUGUUCAGAAUGCACAAGUGAAACGUAGCGGCAUUAGCAGAUUAACGGAACGCUUCUAAGACAAUUUUCAGUACUAUUUACUUUUUUUAAUUGCUAUUCAUUAUGAUUGAUGUUCUUGGACUCUUUUUUGGUAAAAUGUUCUUGGACUCUUUAGUAGUUGUUCCGUUGUUCAUACGACUCAGUACUGAGUGAGAUUAUAUACCUUUUCAACCGCACGCAGUUAGUUUUUUGUGUGUGUUUUAAACGCGUUUUUUGAACAAAAUUAAAAAUGCGCUUAAAACGAAAAAUAAUGUGGGU